AUGAGAUAUUUAAAGAGUGAAUAAAUAGAGAUAAAUAAAUAUUGGUUCUAUUUACCAGAAUCUAAUGCCCUAAUUGUACAAACUUUGAAAGAUAAUAAUGUUGUAUAUUGGAAACUUGACUCCUAAGGAUAUAUUUAAAAAUCAAUUAUCCUAGAUAAAUGCGGGGUUACAUAAGAUACUCAAGAUAAAUCUUUUGAAUAUAAAGAAUAUUUAUAUAUUUUUAUCUAUCAUGAAAAUGGAUAUUAUAAAGUAAAAUCUAGUGACUUAUAAAAAGUUGCAGAUAAUUCAUCAGUGAAUUGUGAAAAUAAUGAAUAGUUUAUAAUUAAUUAUAGAGUUGGUAAAACCCAAUAGCUAAUUAUAAGAAAGGAUUUUAUAUAGGUUAAUAGUAAAUCAUAAAACAAGCCUGAUAAAAGUGAUAUUUUGAACAAAGAAGUUGAUAACUUUUCUGAAAACAAUAGUCAAUGUAUAACUUAUAAAUUAUCGAAUCAAUCCUACAUAUAUUGGGAAGGAUAAUAGUAUUAAUUACCUGAUGAAAAUUAUUCAUACUAUUUGAUAGAUAAAAGCUUACUACUAUUUUAUAACAUGGGUAAAGAUAAUUCUAUUAUUUGCACUUUUGAGUUUGAUAAAACUAACUAUAAGGCAAAACAAAAAAAUAAGUUGAUUAUAGGUAGUGGUGGUAUAUUUUCAUAAGUAUUCUCUAUUGAUGGAAACAAUUAACAAUUUAUAGCUGCUUCCCUUGAUGAUAAUAGACUUAAGUUAUAUGAUGCUGCUUCUCUUCAGUUGUAAAAAACGAAUGGGGAAUUUUAAUAGCUUUCAAAAAAUGCUAAUUAUAAUUCUAUUUUAACUUAUGGGAGCUUUUUAAUUGUAGAAGACUAAGGAUAUGGCCUAAGCUACAAAAAUGGAAAUAUUUAAAUUGAAAAAAGAGAUAUCAAAGAUAAGAAUUCUUAUAAAUUACCAUCGACUGAUAAACUUUAUAGAAGAUUAUUUCAAGCUGCUAAAUCUCAAAUUCUAUAAAAAUCUGAAAAUUAUUAUUAUUUAACUAUGGAUUCUAUUGUCUGUGAUUAAGAUUAAUAUUUAAAUGCUAGCAAUCAAUGUUUGUAAUGUGGUUCAAAUUAGAUUUUCAAAGACAAUUAGUGCUAAGAUUGUCAAAAACAAUUUUUCAAAAAAAAUAACACUUGUUAUUCCUGUUCAGAGAAUUGCAGUGUUUGCUAAGAAAGCCAAUCUUGUAAAGAAUGCAAUGUAGGUUUUUACUUAGAUUAAAACCAAAGUAAAUGCUUAAAAUGCUUAAAUAAUUGUAACUUAUGCAGCGAUUCAAAAACAUGCAAUGAAUGUAAAGAAGGAUUUGAAUUCAAAGACAAUUAAUGUAUCGAGUGUAUUGCUUAGCCAGGAUAAUUUUUCGAUCCAAAUGUUAAAAAAUGCGUUUAAUGUGAUAAUUAUUGUGAAACAUGUUUGACAUCAAAUCAAUGCAAAGGUUGCAAAUAAGGUUACGCUUUAGACACUAAAAAUACAUGUUAAAUACAGUAGCAAUGUAGCUAAAAUUGUUAAAGCUGUAAUCCUCAAUCAUAUUGCCUAAAAUGUAACGAUGGAUAUUAUUUAGACAAAAGCAAUAUGUGUUAAUAAUAAUAAUGUGAUCAAAACUGUUAGAAAUGUGAAUAAUCUUCUAAAAAAUGUUUGAAUUGUUAGUCUGGAUACUUUUUAGAUUCAAAUAAAUGCUAAGAUUUUUGUGUCUAAUGCUCAGAUGCUAAAUCUUGUUCUUAGUGUACAAGUGGGUAUAAUCUUUUUGGUACUGAAUGCAUAAUAUGUGAACAAAAAUCUGGAUACUUUUUAGAUUAAACUAACAACUAAUGCUCAAAGUGUGAUUCUAAUUGUUAAACUUGUAUAAUAAGCCCAAAAAAAUGCUAAUCUUGCUAAGCAAGAUAUUACUUAGAUAAAAGCAAUUAAUGCAUUCAAUGUAUGAUGAAUUGUACUGAAUGCACUGAUUCCUUAACAUGUAAAUUAUGCAAUUAAGGAUUUUUACACAAAGAAAAUUAAUGUGUCGAUUGUUCUUCUUAACAAGGGUAUAUUUAAGACUCUAAUAACUAAUGUGUGCAAUGUGACCCUUACUGUGAUAAAUGUCUAACAUCAACAAAAUGUGAGGUCUGCAUUAAAGGAUACAAUUUGAAUAAUGUCAUCAAGAUUAAGUCUGUAGCUAAAAUUGCAAAAAAUGUGAUAAAGGGUAGUGCAAUUAAUGCGUAGAUGGUUAUUUUUUAAAUCAUAAUUAAGAGUGCUAAAAAUGUGAUAUUCAUUGUCUUAAUUGCUAAAAUCAAAGCAUAUGCUUAAGAUGCUCUGAGGGUUUUAAAUUAAACUCUUAAAGCGUUUGUAUUCCAUGCGAUUCAGGUUAUUUUUAUGAGAAUUCUACCUAAUCAUGUAUUAAAUGUUCUUAAGAUAUGCAAAAAAUAAACAACUGUUUGGUUUGUCCAGUAGGAUAUUAUAUGA